CUCUAGAGAGGCGGAACGGGAAGUUCCACAAACCCCACUCCCUCGCUAACUUCCCGAAUAGUCUGAAACUCUGAAUAGAAGGACCUAGAAAUUCUGAUCUUAAAUAUAAAUAACCUAUUCCUCCUUUCGUUUCCAUCAGUUAAGCAUUUUUCUAUCUAGCAAUAGCGAGCAAGCGUGCGUAAGCCAUAGUUUCCAGUUCCAAUUUCUGGUUUCUCUGUUCUUGAAUCGAUUCUUUCAAGCGUGCGUAAGCAUAGUUUGAAGUUUCUCUGUUCUUCAGUCGUUUCUUCCUGAUUCGAAGUUUGAUCGACAGCGAUGGCGGAUGUUCAGAUGGGAGAAGCAGAAACCUUCGCCUUCCAGGCCGAGAUUAACCAGCUUCUCAGUCUUAUUAUCAACACCUUCUACAGCAACAAGGAGAUCUUUCUCCGGGAACUCAUCAGCAAUUCCUCUGAUGCCUUGGACAAGAUCAGGUUCGAGAGCUUGACAGAUAAGAGCAAGCUUGAUGCGCAGCCGGAGCUUUUCAUUAGGCUUGUUCCUGAUAAGGUUAACAAGACCUUGUCGAUCAUCGACAGUGGUAUUGGGAUGACCAAAGCUGACUUGGUGAACAAUUUGGGAACAAUCGCAAGGUCUGGGACCAAGGAAUUCAUGGAGGCUUUGCAGGCUGGGGCCGAUGUGAGCAUGAUCGGUCAAUUUGGUGUGGGUUUUUACUCUGCCUAUCUCGUUGCUGAGAAGGUCAUUGUGACAACCAAGCACAACGACGACGAGCAAUACAUAUGGGAGUCCCAAGCCGGGGGGUCGUUCACCGUUACCAGGGAUGUGAGUGGAGAGCAACUCGGUAGGGGAACAAAGAUCACGCUCUACAUGAAGGAAGACCAGUUGGAGUAUUUGGAAGAGAGAAGAAUCAAAGAUCUAGUAAAGAAGCACUCUGAAUUUAUCAGCUAUCCUAUCUAUCUCUGGACCGAGAAGACAACUGAGAAGGAGGUCAGUGAUGACGAAGAUGAUGAGGCUAAGAAAGAAGAGGAAGGUGAUGUGGAGGAAGUAGACGAGGAAAAGGAGAAGAAAUCAAAGAAGAAGAAGGUAAAGGAGGUGUCCCAUGAAUGGCAGCUAAUCAACAAGCAGAAACCCAUCUGGCUGCGAAAGCCAGAGGAGAUCACGAAAGACGAGUAUGCUUCGUUCUACAAGAGCUUGACUAACGAUUGGGAGGAGCAUCUGGCUGUGAAGCACUUCUCUGUUGAAGGGCAGCUGGAAUUCAAGGCAAUCCUCUUUGUGCCAAAGAGGGCACCAUUCGACCUGUUUGACACGAGGAAGAAGAUGAACAAUAUCAAGCUCUAUGUCCGGAGAGUGUUCAUCAUGGACAACUGCGAGGAGUUGAUUCCAGAGUACCUUGGUUUUGUUAAGGGUGUUGUUGACUCAGACGACCUACCCCUUAACAUCUCCCGUGAAAUGCUUCAGCAGAACAAGAUUCUGAAGGUCAUCAGGAAGAAUCUCGUGAAGAAAUGCAUUGAGAUGUUCACGGAGAUUUCAGAGAACAAGGAAGAUUAUACCAAAUUCUACGAGGCAUUCUCGAAGAAUUUGAAACUGGGCAUUCAUGAAGACAGCCAGAACAGGUCAAAAUUGGCUGAUCUGCUCCGGUAUCAGUCUACAAAGAGUGGUGAUGAGAUGACGAGCCUGAAGGACUAUGUCACCAGGAUGAAGGAAGGUCAGAAAAACAUCUACUACAUUACCGGUGAGAGCAAAAAGGCCGUCGAGAACUCUCCCUUCCUGGAGCGGCUGAAGAAGAAAGGCUAUGAAGUCCUCUUCAUGGUUGAUGCUAUUGAUGAGUAUGCUGUUGGUCAGUUGAAAGAGUACGACGGGAAGAAGCUUGUCUCUGCAACCAAAGAAGGCCUGAAGCUUGAUGAUGAGACAGAGGAAGAGAAGAAGAAACAGGAGGAAAAGAAGAAAUCCUUUGAGAGUCUUUGCAAAAUAAUCAAGGAUAUACUCGGAGAUAAGGUUGAGAAGGUUGUGGUUUCUGACAGAAUUGUUGAUUCUCCCUGCUGCUUGGUGACUGGGGAGUACGGUUGGAGUGCAAACAUGGAGAGGAUCAUGAAGGCCCAGGCUCUGAGGGAUAGCAGCAUGGGUUCAUACAUGUCCAGCAAGAAGACCAUGGAAAUUAAUCCAGAUAAUGGAAUCAUGGAGGAGCUGAGAAAGAGAGCUGAAACUGACAAGAAUGACAAAUCUGUCAAGGAUUUGGUUCUUUUGCUCUUUGAAACUGCCCUCCUCACCUCUGGUUUCAGCUUGGAUGAUCCCAACACCUUCGCUGCUAGAAUCCACAGGAUGUUGAAGCUGGGUCUCAACAUUGAUGAAGAUGAAACAGCUGCUGAAGACUCAGAUAUGCCUGCUCUGGAAGAAGAAGGAAACGAAGAAAGCAAGAUGGAGGAAGUUGAUUAGGUUAUAGGACAUUACUAGAACUAUGGAUAUGCGUGAUCGAUCUCUGAAAGUAUUGGAAAAAGUUCCGUUUGGUUUGUGUCUAUGUCCAGUUUUCUUGUGUUCAUAGUCGAGGAUUUUGGUUUUAAUGGGUCUUAUGUAGGUGGGUUUUGUUUCUUUAUCACUUACUGUGUCACCCUUCAAUACUUAAGAAUGGCGUAUGAAAUUUCUUUAGUUUUAUUUCUUGAA